UACAUUUCCCACAAUCCCCAUUGGCCUUGCUACCGGAAGUGAUUUUGUUUGUCGUCUUCUGUUGUGUGGCGGUUGGCGCAACGAGAGCGUAUUUGGUUCGGCCUGAGAAGAGCGUGUAGUGUCGCAGUCAUGCCGCCUGGGCCUGUGCAGAUCAUGCAGCCGGAGCUGAAUAACAAGCCCGAGGACCAGAAGGAAGAGACUCCAGCCACAAAGCCCAUUGUUGGAAUCAUCUACCCGCCUCCCGAAGUCCGAAAUAUUGUUGACAAGACUGCCAGCUUCGUGGCCAGGAAUGGACCUGAGUUUGAGGCCAGAAUUCGACAGAAUGAGAUCAACAACCCAAAAUUCAACUUCCUCAACCCCAAUGACCCUUACCAUGCCUACUACCGCCACAAAGUCAAUGAGUUCAAGGAGGGCAAAGCUCAGGAACCAUCUGCAGCUGUGCCUAAAGUCAUGCAACAGCAACAAGCAGCAUCACAGCAGCUUCCUCAGAAGGUUCAAGCACAGGUGAUCCAUGAGACGGUGGUGCCCAAGGAGCCUCCACCUGAGUUUGAGUUCAUUGCCGACCCUCCCUCCAUCUCAGCCUUUGACCUGGAUGUGGUGAAGCUGACCGCACAGUUUGUCGCCCGAAAUGGCCGACAGUUUCUCACACAGCUGAUGCAGAAGGAGCAGAGGAACUUCCAGUUUGACUUUCUACGACCACAGCACAGCUUGUUCAACUACUUUACAAAACUGGUGGAACAAUACACAAAGGUUUUAAUCCCUCCAAAAGGUCUUCUGCUGAAACUGAAGAGGGAAGCCGAGAAUCCACGUGAGGUCUUGGACCAGGUGAGGUAUCGUGUGGAGUGGGCCAAGUUCCAGGAAAGAGAGAGGAAGAAGGAAGAGGAGGAGCGAGAGAAGGAGAGAGUGGCUUAUGCUCAGAUUGACUGGCAUGACUUUGUGGUGGUGGAGACUGUGGACUUCCAACCAAAUGAGCAUGGUAAUUUCCCUCCUCCCACAACUCCUGAGGAGCUGGGUGCUCGUAUCCUGAUCCAGGAGCGCUAUGAGAAGUUUGGAGAGAGUGAGGAGGUGGAGAUGGAGGUAGAGAGUGAAGAUGAAGAGGAUGAGAGAGAGCGCAGGGUGGGCGGACACGCAGCUCAGCUGGACCAGGACACACAGCUGCAGGACAUGGACGAGGGCUCUGAUGAUGAGGAUGAUGGCAUGAAGGCUCCUCUCCCCCCUGAUAACCCCCUGCCACCACCUCUGCCCCCCACCCCGGACCAGGUUAUUAUCCGCAAAGACUACGACCCCAAGGCGUCUAAGCCUCUGCCUCCUGUGGCCAUCCCUGAUGAGUACCUCAUCUCUCCCAUCACUGGUGAGAAGAUCCAAGCCAGUAAGAUGCAGGAGCACAUGCGCAUCGGCCUGCUGGACCCCCGCUGGCUGGAGCAGCGUGACCGCAGCAUCCGAGAGCGUCAGAUCGAGGAGGAGGUGUACGCUCCCGGCCUGGAUAUUGAGAGCAGCCUGAAGCAGCUGGCCGAGAGACGUACCGAUAUCUUCGGUGUGGAAGAAACGGCCAUCGGUAAGAAGAUCGGAGAGGAGGAGAUACAGAAACCAGAGGAGAAGGUAAGAAACACAAAGAAAAAAAUAUAUAUCCACUGUUCAACAUUAUUAGUAGACAAAUUAAUUAAAAACUAUAGUGAAAAAUGUGUUUUAAGAGACUUUCCAAAAGUCUGUAAGACCAAAAAAGUUGAAGAAACACCCAUUAACACUUCACUUCACAGAUCACUAAAACUAAUUAUUUAA